AUGGGGCCGCGGCACCUGCUGCCGCCGCUACUCCUGCUGCUGCUCGCCCUGCAGCUCCCGGCCCCGCCGCCGGCCGCCCAGGCGGCCGGGCCCCCCCGCGCCAAGGGCAACCGGACCCAGGGGGCGGCGGCGCCGCGGCGGACCCCCAGGCCGGGCAAGGAGCUGCUCAACCAGACGCUGGCGGGCCCGGCGGCGGCCGCCCCCACGGCGCUGCCCGGGCGCGGUAAGGGCAGGACGCCCCCCGGCGGCGGGGGCGGCGGCGGGAGCUCGGCCCCGGCGCACGAGACGUGCUGGGGGUACUACGACGUGAGCGGGCAGUGGGACAAGGAGUUCGAGUGCAACAACAGCCUGACGGGCUUCCGCUACUGCUGCGGCACCUGCUUCUACCGCUUCUGCUGCAACAAGCGCGCCGAGAAGCUCAACCAGAGCCUGUGCCGCAACUACAAGAGCCCCGAGUGGGCCCACCCCACCACCGCCAGCGGCGCGCUGCCCGCCGACGGCAGCAACGGCGCCGACGGGGACGCGGACAAGUACGACCCGGACAAGGACAGCACCAACGCCACCGUCUACAUCUCGUGCGGGGCCAUCGCCUUCGUGCUCAUCGCCGGCGUCUUCGCCAAGGUGGCCUACGACAAGGCGCGGCGCCCGCCCCGGGAGAUGAACAUACACAGGGCUCUGGCUGACAUCUUAAGGCAGCAGGGACCAAUCCCAAUAGCACACUGUGAAAGAGAGACUAUCUCAGCCAUAGAUACCUCCCCCAAAGAAAACACCCCAGUCAGGACAUCUUCCAAAAACCAUUACACCCCUGUGCGCACCUCCAAAAGUAACCCAGGUCACUAUGGAAAGGAUAUUUAUCGAAGUGGAGGGCCAGAUCUCCAUAAUUUCAUCUCCUCCGGGUUUGUCACAUUAGGACGAGGACACACGAAGGAUGACCAAGAACAAAAUUAUAAUCAACUGAUACUAAACAGUGCCACCCAGACACCUACACAUGACAAGCCACGGAUGAACAACAUCCUUACUUCUGCCACUGAACCUUAUGAUCUGUCCUUCUCCCGGUCCUUCCAGAACCUCUCUCACCUCCCACCAUCCUACGAGUCUGCCGUCAAGACAAACCCAAGUAAAUAUUCUUCUCUGAAGAGACUAACUGACAAAGAGGCUGAUGAGUAUUACAUGAGGAGAAGACACCUGCCUGACCUGGCAGCCCGGGGCACACUCCCUAUCAACGUCAUCAAAAUGUCUCAGCAGACCAACCACAGGGAGAGGCCCCGCCGUCCCAUCAGGGCCAUGUCCCAGGACAGGGUGCUGUCCCCUGAGAGGAUCAUGCCCGAGGAGUUUAGCAUGUCCUAUGAACGGAUCCUCUCAGACGAACAGCUUCUGUCCGCGGAGCGCCUCCACUCCCAAGACCCCCUGCUCUCCCCGGAGCGGUCAGGAUACCCCGAGCAGUCGAUGUCGCGGGCAUUGUCACACACAGACGUCUUUGUUUCCACACCUGUCUUGGAUCGCUACAGGAUGACAAAAAUGCACUCCCAUCCCAGUGCCUCAAAUAACUUGUACAAUACCUUAGGUAUGAACCCAACUUCCGCCAAGCGCCAAGCAUUCGCCUCCCGACGGCACAACACGGUAGAACAACUGCAUUAUAUUCCAGGACACCACCAUCACUACCGCACAGCGAGCAAAACAGAGGUGACUGUUUGA